AUGAAAUAUUUCAAGUAUGACAACUGGUUGCUUGUGGUGGAAAUACAAACAAUAGCUGAUGAGUCAUACAUUUAUCCAUUGAAAUGUACUCAAUCAGUAGAGACUUAUUCAAGAAAUGAUCGGUGGGGAGGUGAUUCACCGGUGGAUGAUCCGCCGGAAGCUCGUCCACUGCAAGAGAGUCUACCUGGGGCCACCAAGGACUUGGUUAGAACCAUAGAAAGUCUCCCUCAACUGUUGCAACCUGAUCCAGACCUUGAGACCAAGUAUGAAGCAGACCGCUUACUUGAUCUCUAUUGCUCCAUAGUGGAAAUUGAUUAUAAGGUCCAAAGGGUGGUGCAGAACCUGCAUCUGAUACCAGAUACCGGCGCUGUCAGUUGCCUGUCACAGCUUGUCCGAGAGAGCUCUGACUUUCCCCAAAAGAUUUAUGUACCUUCAUGGUAUAACUGUUCAAUUUAUCAUUCACGCUUCAUAGAUCUGGCCAAUGAGAGCUUGAAGUCCAUGCGCGAUGGAUACAAAACCACCGCAAUAGACCAGCUACAGAGUCUACGCUCAACUGGACGAAAUGGACGAAACACUCCAGGGUCUGAAUUAUGCCGUCAUGCCUUCAUGGAGGGGUUAUGCAACGCCUUGUUAUUCACCCACAUUCGAAAUCAGAAAUCAAAUGACAUGUCAUUGUUGUUCACACCCUUGCCAAACAGCAGGCCGAAAUAUUUGCAGGACUCCCCGAGGGUGACUGGAAGUUGCGUGCGACAAUCACAGAGGAAUACGAAGAUGACGAAUAUCUCUGCGGAUACAGCUUUAUCAACUCCGACACACUGUAAAGGUGUGCUUAAGUCACUAUUGGCGUUGAUCACGAAAAUGCCGGACAAAAGUAGAUGA